UGCUGUGGACUCCGGCGGGGCAGUGCAUGACGUGCGCUCGUUGGAGAUGGUGAAGGAGGAGGGCGUCGGGAGGGCGGCGAGCCACGAGUCUCAUCAGCAGAGCGUGCGCAGUUCGGACCUCGGAGAAUUGAAGGUGCCGGUCGGGUGUGUUCACAGUGGGAGUGUGAGGGAGAGUUUGACUCGUCAAGGGGAGGAGAAGAAAGGGGAUGUCGGAGAGCCCGGCACUUGGAAGUUGGAGAAUUUUAUCAGGCCAGCUUCGUCCAUGAUUUCGGCCGGUUUGUACCUGUUCGAUUUUGUGAGCAAUGUGCUGGUGCUCAAAGAGUACUAUGACAUGAAAGCUGAAGGCCAGUUUGUAGAAAUUGUGGACUUUACCGCUUUCGCGGUAUGCCUUGGACUCAUGGUCGUUGCCCACGUCCUCAAUGUGGUGGCCUUCAAGCUCAAACUUCCCCCAGAGGAGCACCCUGUCCGGUCUGCCUACUUCCUUCCUAUCGUGCAGUUUCGCAGGGUUGUGACGGGAAUAUGGAAUUCUAGAACUCUCGGAAGAAGCAUAGAUUCCAAUGACUCGGAAUCACAUAAAACAGAAGCCCUAUACGCAAUCAUGUGUGCAUCAAUGGAGACCGGUCCACAGCUGGGGCUCCAAUUAUGCGUCAUGGUUUCUCUUGGCAGUGUUUAUCCAUCCUGGCAGCCAUCGUGCAUCCUUAAAGUGUCCAUUGGAGCCUCUGUUCUGUCGGGUGCUUAUAACACCGGCAGAGCCGUUAUGUACCAGCUGAGCGACAGAUGGACUUGGACUCUGAAUACAUUCGGGCUCAUCGGAGGAACGUACACGGUGGGAGCUUUAGUGCUGCGCUGCACGGCCAUAGCGUCGGUGGUUCUGUACCUGGAAGUGAACGUGCGCAAGAUCAACUACGACAAGGCCAUCGCCGUCUACUUCUGCCUGGGAGUGGCUCCCAUCUCGCUGCUGAACGGCGUGCUGGCGCUGAGCAAACGCGACAGAUUCUGGAGCGCGGGCGGCCAAUUGCACGCGUGGGUGGCGGCCUACAUCGGCUUCACUCUCGGGCCUCUGUACCCCGUCGUCGAAGGCUUCGCCAGAGACCGCAAGUCCAAUGGCCCCUCGUUCCUACUGCAUCGUCUGCCCGUGACCUUGUUCAUGAACUUCCUGCUCGAUGUUUCCACCCUCGGUGCCAUCACCGCCAUGAAGUGGAACGCCUGCAAUUUCCGACAGAGCUCGGCGUUCUCGGAUCACCCUGAUCAGCUGUCUUGGGCCAUACAGCCCGCUCUGAGUUCCACUUUUACUUGUUCAUCCUUUCUGGGCUACACCUUCUUUGGCGCAGGGUUGAGUGUAAUCUCGUCCUGCGUAUUCCUCGCACUUUUGGCUACCUCGUCCUAUGCUUCCUCUGUGUGGGAUUCGCCUUCUCAUACUUCAGAUAGAUGACAUAGACUGGCAGACGUGCCGAUCACUUUUGUCGCAUAUUUCUACGUACAUUUCUUCACGUAGAAAUCUGACCCAAGUUGGGCUCUGAAUAACCGAGCAGAGCACCACAAUCUUGGUCCAUGGAACUGCAAGUAGUAUCCAUGAUAUCGAUACCAUUUAAUUUGAGCCAGUUGAGGACCUUUGGGACAGUUCUCCUCGACGCCGACUCUGGGAUUCUUCGUGCAGAAGAUCUGUGACUGAUGGUGGAAGUUGAACUUCGUGAGACUGUUUCACGACGAAUUUCAUCCCUCUCCCAGAAGGUGGGGUGGGCCGGGAGUGAUGAGAAGCAAACAUUUGGAUGACUUUUCAGACAUCCUCGAACCGAUUAAGAAGCACGCUCCUGCAGCAAUCAGAGUCUGCAUGGCAGAUAUUAAUCGAUAUUUAGUCAUUGAAUUAUUUUCUCAAGCGCAUACCCGAAGAUCUAAGUCGACUCUCCUUCCUUCUGCUUGAGAUAGAGGGCCGGGACUACGACGGCGCAAUCGGAAGCUUGGAGUUCUCCGAACCUGAGACUAUAUAUUUCUGAAAGGAGCAAGGCUUUUGACAUAGGAGCCUGAGCGACAGAGUGAGUAAGCAAUCUCCUUCGAUCUGCAAUUUAAACUAAAUUGCAAUGCCGACCAAAUGUGUCGGUUAUCAAGACUGGCGAUAUAGAAAAAUCGUUUUUUCUGAAGAAGGUAAUUUUCAACUUACAGUUUACUCUUCAUUUUUUGUAAUUUUAUGACAUCCAUCUUAUUAUAUGGAUAGAAUUAACUCGUGGAA